CUCAUUUGGAUCUUCACGUGUUAGGCCUAAGGUUUUGUGAAGGGAAACAUUAAUUUGAUGGCGUCAAUUCGGGAACAACUUCGUGAACUUGAAAAUCCAAAACCCGGCUCCUUCGAUCCAGAGGAUGAUGCUGGCUCACUUACUGCAGCUCGGGUGAUCACGAAUUUUAAAGAAACAGGCAAUGAUCAAGAAGAGGAAGCGCCGGUUGAAGCAAGUGUCAACCUGUUUGGUAGCCUUCGAAAACGGGCAAAUGAAUCGUUAAUUAGCGAUCAUAGAUACAAAGGAGUUAAAGUUUCAAGGAGUGAAUUACAAAAUGAGGAAGGAUUACCUUUACGUGAAACAGUUUGUGAAGGUGAAUCCGAGAGCGAAAAUGAAGAUGACUAUGGCCCCGAGGAAAAUGACGAUGACGAAGAUGAUGAUUUGAAUGAUGCAGAUGAUUUUGAUAAUGAUAGUGAUGAUUAUGUCAGUGAUUGUGAUGUUGGUGAUGGUAGUAAUGGGGGUGUUAAUAGUCAUGGCUUUCAAAAAGAUGCAGAAAAUGAUGAUGCAGAAAAUAGAGGUCUGGUGAAGGAGUCUUUGGAUCAAUAUGAGGAUGAAUCAAUGGAAGGAGAACAAUCAGCUGAAAAUCAGCUUCUUAAAUUAGCAGAGAAUGAUGCCUUGAAAGGAAAGGCAGUAUCAAACCAACUUGGAAUAUGGGAAAAGUUCUUGGAAAUUCGUAUCAAAUUGCAGAGAUGUGUUCAGUUUGCAAAUAAGUACCCACAAGGUCAAGAAAUGAAAGAUUUUGAGAUUGCUGGGGGCCCAGAUGUUCUGAAAAUGAAAAAAGAUGUAAGAAGGCAACUAGUAGUUGCCAUUGAUGAGCUGCUGUCACUCCAGUCAAAGCUCUUUAGCAGUGACAAGACAAUAGCUUCACAAGAUGGGAUUAAAACUGGUGCUGAAGCAAGUGAUGAAGAAAUUGACAGUGACACUGAUAUUGACAAUGAUGAGAAACUUGUCCAAAAACAGAGCAUUGAUAAAUCUAAUGGUAGAGAAACUACAACUGUUUCAAUGAAAAAAACAACAAAACUGAAACAGACAAUUGCAGAGUAUGAAAAAGAAGUUUCAAACAGACACAAAAGCUUCCAGCCUUUUGUUGAUGAAACUAUUGCCAAAUGGGAUGAGAAAACAAAAACAAGCUAUGGAAAGCAAAAGAAUAGGAACUUCUCUUCAUUUGACCGUUCGAUCAUCAAGCAAAUUACACAGAUAAUGUCUGAAAAGGAGCGUCUGAUCAAGCGAACGCAGUUGAAACGAAGCAUAUAUCGCACUCUUGGUAAAAAAUAUCAAGACAAUCCCACUGAAGAAGCAAUGGAAGAUGUUGACUUGCACUUAAAAAACUAUGACCCUGAAAUCUUUGACGACGAUGACUUUUAUCAUCAGCUUUUGAAAGAAUUCAUUGAAAGAAAAUCAAAUAUUCUUGCAACUGACGAUCCAGUUUCAAUGGGCAGACAAUGGCUUGAAAUACAGAAACUUAGGAGCAAAGUGAAAAAGAAAAUCGACUCAAAAGCAAGCAAAGGUCGUAGAAUAAGGUACGACGUGCAUUCGAAGUUAUUGAACUUCAUGGCACCAGUUUCCGUAGGAUCCAUGAAUGACCAGUCAAGAAACGACUUGUUCAAGUCUCUGUUCGGCGCGAGUGCGAGCAAUGGUCAGUAAGGCUAGAUGAAUUGAAGAAGACUUUUUAAUUUAUCAGCCUUAAAAAUGGUCUGUAAUAAAGUUGCCGAACUAAUUUUUCAGUUUACUUUGAACAAGAUAUUGGAAGCUGUCACUAUAUGUAUUUCAAUUUGACAAUCAGUGUCUGCAUUAUGGUAUCUUCCAAAUGAAGUUAGUGUCUAAUUGGAAUCCAAAACACAUCAACGCAUUAAAUUUUUCUGUAAUUUCUAUGCAGCAGCUUAUUCUAUUUAAAUAUAUCUCACUCGUCAGUA